CCACAUCAGCAGUGCCACGUUAGCAACAGUGCCACAUCAGCAAUGCCAUGUCAGCAGUGCCACGUCAGCAGUGCCACAUCACAUCAGCAGUGCCACGUCAGCAACAGUGCCACGACAGCAGUGCCACCACAGCAGUGCCCUGCCAACAUGACGAUUUCAGUUUUGGGCAUGCCAGGCCAACUGGCCAACGAGUCCAUUGCCGAGUACCAACAGCGGUUCCAAGCUCAGCUCGCACUGAUCGAGGCUGCGGAACAGCCCCAAGCGGCAGCCGAGGCUGCCCGCCUACAGGCUGAAGCUGAAGCAGCAGCUGAAAAGCAGCGGCUUCAGGCCACAGCUGCCGCAGAUGCCCAGGUCCGCCGCAAGGAGGUCCAGGAUCUGCUGCAGCGGCACGAAGCCGCCAGCGUUGACAGGCUUAAGUUCUGGCAUUUUGAACCAUCCGAGGGCCACGACGAUGUGACACCGGAAGAGCAGCACAAGGAGUUUGUCUCCAAACUCGUGAACCGGUUGGUUUACACUUGUAAACACCUGCAGUUCGAGCUGGCGAAUCUCCGACCGGCAGUGCGGAACCACAAGGAUCUGCACGAGAAUGCUACAUGGGCACUUCAUUCCCCAAGAGCCCUUUGCUUGGGCCAUUUUGUGACGCCUCAAUGCAUUCGUCCGCUCACGAACAAGAUCGAGGCCAUCCGAGUAUGGCCCGAGCCCACCAACACCACGGAAGUUCGCUCAUUCAUGGGGUUGGCGGGUUACUACCAACGCUUCAUCAUUGGGUAUUCAAGGAUCGCCGCACCAUUAACGACACUACAAUCGCCAAAGGCGCCAUUCGUAUCCAACGACGAAGCGCAGCGGUCAUUCCAAGCACUGAAGAUGCCCAUGCUCAUGGUACCCGUCCUUAGUAUCUACGAUCCCACCUUGCCAACGAGAGUGGCAACCGACGCCUCCGGCCAUGGUAUUGGGGCAGUCUUGGAACAACACGACGGCGACGAGUGGCAUCCCGUGGAGUACUUCAGCCCCAAGGUGCGUCCCAUCAACUUACUUGAUGAUGCAAGGAAGGAGUUGCUCAAGUUCGUGAUGGCUCUCAAGCAAUGGUGGCACCUCCUCCUUGGGCACCGUAGGUUCACAUGGGUCACUGAUAACAACCCGUUGACCUGCCACAAGACGCAAGAUACGGUGAGCAGCACGAUCGAACGAUGGAUGUACUUCAUCGACCAAUUUGACUUCACACCGAAACAUCUCGCCGGCCUCUCCAAUCGCGCAGCAGAUGCACUCUCGCGAAGACCCAAUCUUUGCGCUAUGACACAUCAUGCCUUCGCAUUUAACGAGGAACUCCAGCGGCACUUCAUUCAGGGCUAUGAGUCUGAUCCGGAUUACGCCACACUCUAUGCACAGUUAUCUUCGGAUCACCCGCCGGCCAGCCGCUAUCGCAUUGUCGGCGGGUACUUACUCCUCCACUCACGAGGCAAGGACUUAUUGUAUGUCCCACGAGACCGUCGUCUUCGGGCUCGCCUUUUCAGCGAGUACCACGACUCGCAACUCGCCGGCCAUUUCGGAGUUAAUCGGACUAUCGCACGACUUCGGCAACGGUUCCGGUGGCCCGACCUCAUUACCGAUGUCACUCGGUAUUGCGACUCUUGCGAAGUUUUCCGACGAAGCAAGCCCCGCAACCGCAAUCCCUACUGCGAGUUGCGCCCGUUGCCUAUUCCACGAGAACCCGGCCUCUCCAUUGCCAUGGACUUCACCCCCCGUUUCCCCACGACCGCUUCAGGCAUGACAACGUCCUCACGGUCGUUGACCGAUUGAGUAAAUACGCGCGAUUUCUCCCUUGCAAGUACUACGCCACGACUCCCGAACUUGCGCGCCUCUUGCAAACCGGCUGGAUUUGCAGCCACGGCGUACCCGAAAACGUCGUUAGCGACCGCGACACUCGUUUCAUGUCGGCAUUCUGGACUUCUCUCAUGCAGGAAUCCUGCACCAAAAUGAAACCAAGUUCGGCUC